UGCUGCUCCCCGCCGCCGCCUCCCCGCCGGUGAGAGCGAGGAGGGAGGGAAGAUGGGGGCCGUCCUGCGCAGCCUACUCGCCUGCAGUUUUUGUUCCCUGAUGCGAGCCGCCCCGCUGCUGCUGUACGCGAACCGCCGGGACCUGCGGCUGGUGGACGCCGCCCACGGCAAGGAGAACGCCACGGUGAUCGUGGGCGGCCUGGAGGACGCGGCCGCCGUGGACUUCGUGUUCCUCAAGGGCUUGAUUUACUGGAGUGAUGUCAGCGAGGAGGCCAUCAAAAGGACAGAGUUCAACAGGUCUGGGAGCGUGCAGAACGUGGUGGUUUCUGGGCUGCUGUCGCCUGACGGGCUGGCCUGUGACUGGCUGGGGGAGAAGCUCUACUGGACAGAUUCGGAAACAAAUCGGAUCGAGGUUUCUAACUUAGAUGGAUCACUGAGGAAAGUUUUGUUUUGGCAAGAAUUGGAUCAACCCAGAGCGAUUGCCUUAGAUCCUGCAAGAGGCUUCAUGUACUGGACAGACUGGGGAGAAGCACCAAAGAUAGAACGAGCAGGGAUGGAUGGUUCGAGCCGCUCCAUCAUCGUUAACACGGACAUUUAUUGGCCAAACGGACUGACACUGGAUUAUGAGGAACAGAAACUCUACUGGGCAGAUGCUAAACUGAAUUUCAUCCACAAAUCAAAUCUGGAUGGAAGUCAUAGGCAAGCAGUGGUUAAAGGCUCCCUUCCACAUCCCUUUGCUCUGACACUGUUUGGGGACACGUUGUACUGGACGGACUGGAACACUCAUUCCAUCUUGGCCUGCAGCAAGUACUCCGGGGAGGACCUGCGUGAGAUCCAUUCCAACAUCUUCUCCCCCAUGGAUAUCCAUGCCUUCAGCCAGAAGAGGCAGCCAAAUGCUACAAACCCAUGUGGAACUAAUAAUGGUGGCUGCUCCCACUUGUGUUUGAUGUCUCCUACCAAGCCCUCUUAUCAGUGUGCAUGUCCCACUGGUGUGAAACUUCUUGAGAAUGGAAAGACCUGCAAAGAUGGUGCCACCGCGCUGCUGCUCCUGGCCCGCCGGACGGACCUGAGGCGCAUUUCCUUGGACACGCCGGAUUUCACGGACAUCGUGCUGCCGCUGGAGGACAUCCGCCACGCCAUCGCCAUCGACUUCGACCCUCUGGAAGGGUACAUCUACUGGACAGACGACGAAGUGAGAGCCAUCCGCCGCUCCUUCCUGGACGGCUCGGGCAGCCAGUUUGUGGUGACGGCGCAGAUCGCGCACCCCGACGGCAUCGCCGUGGACUGGGUGGCGCGCAACCUCUACUGGACGGACACGGGCACGGACCGCAUCGAGGUCACCAGGCUCAACGGCACCAUGAGGAAAAUCUUGAUAUCAGAGGACCUGGAAGAACCCAGAGCCAUUGUGCUGGAUCCCAUGGUUGGGUACAUGUACUGGACUGAUUGGGGAGAAAUCCCAAAGAUUGAGAGGGCAGCAUUGGAUGGCUCAGACAGAAUUGUGCUGGUGAACACCUCGCUUGGCUGGCCAAAUGGGUUGGCACUGGAUUAUGCAGAAAGCAAAAUAUACUGGGGAGAUGCCAAAACAGACAAAAUAGAGGUCAUGAAUGCUGAUGGAACUGGCAGAAGAGUCCUGGUGGAGGACAAGCUGCCUCAUAUCUUUGGAUUCACUCUGUUGGGAGACUACAUUUACUGGACAGACUGGCAGAGGCGCAGCAUUGAGCGCGUGCACAAGUGCACGGCAGAGAGGGAGAUCAUCAUCGAUCAGCUGCCCGACCUGAUGGGCCUGAAAGCCACCAAUGUCCACCAGGUCAUUGGUACCAACCCCUGUGCAGAGGACAACGGGGGCUGCAGCCACCUGUGCCUGUACCGACCCCAAGGGCUCCGCUGCGCCUGCCCCAUCGGCCUGGAGCUCAUCAGUGACAUGAGGACCUGCAUUGUGCCAGAAGCUUUCCUGCUCUUCUCCAGGAGAGCAGACAUCAGGCGCAUCUCCCUCGAAACCAACAAUAACAACGUUGCUAUCCCGCUCACCGGAGUCAAGGAGGCUUCUGCUCUGGAUUUUGAUGUGACAGACAAUCGCAUUUACUGGACUGACAUUUCACUGAAGACCAUCAGCAGAGCGUUCAUGAAUGGCAGCGCGCUGGAGCACGUGGUGGAGUUUGGCCUGGAUUACCCCGAGGGCAUGGCCGUGGACUGGCUGGGGAAGAACUUGUACUGGGCUGACACUGGCACCAACAGGAUCGAGGUGUCCAAGCUGGACGGGCAGCACCGCCAGGUGCUCGUCUGGAAGGAUCUCGACAGCCCCCGGGCGCUGGCGCUCGACCCUGCCGAGGGGUUCAUGUACUGGACUGAGUGGGGUGGCAAGCCCAAGAUUGACAGGGCUGCCAUGGAUGGCAGUGAGAGGACCACGCUGGUCCCAAACGUGGGACGCGCCAACGGCCUGACCAUCGACUACGCCAAGAGGCGCCUGUACUGGACUGACCUGGACACCAACCUGAUCGAGUCCUCCAACAUGUUAGGCCUGGACCGUGAGAUCAUAGCUGAUGAUCUGCCUCACCCCUUUGGCCUGACCCAGUACCAGGAUUACAUUUACUGGACAGACUGGAGCCGCCGCAGCAUCGAGCGCGCCAACAAGACCAGCGGGCAGAACCGAACCAUCAUCCAGGGCCACCUGGAUUACGUGAUGGACAUCCUGGUGUUCCACUCCUCCCGCCAGGCGGGCUGGAAUGAGUGUGCCUCCAGCAACGGGCACUGCUCCCACCUGUGCCUGGCUGUCCCCGUGGGAGGCUUUGUCUGUGGCUGCCCAGCUCACUAUUCCUUGAACUCUGACAACAGGACCUGCAGUGCUCCUACCACGUUCCUGCUGUUCAGCCAGAAGAACGCCAUCAACCGCAUGGUGAUAGACGAGCAGCAGAGCCCGGACAUCAUCCUGCCCAUCCACAGCCUGCGCAACGUGCGCGCCAUCGACUACGACCCCCUGGACAAGCAGCUCUACUGGAUCGACUCGCGGCAGAACGUCAUCCGCAAGGCACAGGAGGAUGGCAGCCAGAGCCUCACUGUUGUGACAAGUCCAGUUCCCAAUCAGAACCUGGAUAUGCAGCCCUAUGACCUGAGCAUUGACAUCUACAGCCGCUACAUCUACUGGACCUGCGAGGCCACCAACGUCAUCAAUGUCACUCGCCUGGAUGGGAGACCCAUGGGAGUGGUGCUCAAGGGGGAUCAGGAUAGGCCCAGAGCCAUUGUGGUCAAUCCAGAGAAAGGAUACAUGUAUUUCACCAACCUCCAGGAGAGAUCUCCUAAAAUUGAGAGAGCAGCACUGGAUGGAACUGAGCGAGAAGUCCUUUUCUUCAGUGGUUUGAGCAAGCCCAUCGCCUUAGCUGUUGACAGCCAGCUGGGCAAGUUGUUCUGGGCUGACUCAGAUCUGCGCAGGAUUGAAAGCAGUGACCUUUCAGGUGCUAACCGGAUCGUGUUGGAAGACUCCAAUAUCCUGCAGCCUGUGGGCCUGACUGUCUUUGAGAACUGGCUCUACUGGAUUGACAGGCAGCAGCAGAUGAUUGAGAAGAUUGAUAUGACCGGUCGAGAAGGACGCACAAAGGUCCAGGCUCGCAUUGCACAACUCAGUGACAUCCAUGCUGUGAAGGAGCUCAACCUGCAGGAAUACAGACAGCAUCCGUGCUCUCAGGACAAUGGUGGCUGCUCCCACAUUUGCAUUGUGAAGGGGGACGGCUCCACGCGCUGCUCUUGCCCCGUGCACCUGGUGCUGCUGCAGGAUGAGCUGUCCUGUGGAGAACCACCAACAUGCUCCCCUCAGCAGUUCACCUGUUUCACAGGUGAGAUUGACUGCAUCCCGGUGGCCUGGCGCUGCGAUGGCUUCACCGAGUGUGAGGACCACAGUGAUGAGAAGAACUGCCCAGUGUGCUCUGAGAGCCAGUUCCAGUGUGAGAGUGGGCAGUGCAUAGACAGUGCCCUGCGCUGCAAUGGGGAAGCCAAUUGCCAGGACAACUCAGAUGAGAAGAACUGCGAAGUGCUGUGUUUAACGGAUCAGUUCCGCUGUGCCAGUGGGCAGUGCAUCGGGAAAAGCAAGAAGUGUGACCACAACCUGGACUGCAGUGACAGCUCUGAUGAGCAAGGAUGUUACACAACAGAGGAACCUGCCCCACAGCCCAACAACACCAUAGGCUCCAUCAUUGGUGUGAUCCUUACAGUCUUUGUGGUGGGAGCAAUGUACUUCAUCUGCCAGAGGGUGCUGUGCCCACGCAUGAAGGGCGAUGGGGAAACCAUGACCAACGACUACGUGGUGCAGGGGCCACCCUCGGUGCCUCUGGGCUAUGUGCCUCACCCAAGCUCCCUGUCAGGCUCUCUGCCUGGUAUGUCUCGAGGUAAAUCUGUCAUCAGCUCCCUCAGCAUCAUGGGAGGGAGCAGUGGCCCACCCUAUGACAGGGCCCAUGUUACAGGAGCCUCCUCCAGCAGCUCUUCAAGUACCAAAGGCACUUACUUUCCUCCAAUUUUGAACCCACCACCAUCACCAGCCACUGAACGUUCACACUACACCAUGGAAUUUGGUUAUUCUUCAAACAGCCCAUCCACUCAUAGAUCCUACAGCUACCGGCCCUACAGCUACCGGCACUUCGCGCCGCCCACCACGCCCUGCAGCACGGACGUGUGCGACAGCGACUACGGCCCGAGCCGCCGCCCGCCCGCCACCGCCUCGGCCGCCGCCAAGGGCUACACCAGCGACCUCAACUACGACUCGGAGCCGGUGCCGCCGCCGCCCACGCCCCGCAGCCAGUACCUGUCCGCCGAGGAGAACUGCGAGAGCUGCCCGCCGUCGCCGUACACCGAGCGCAGCUACUCGCACCACCUGUACCCGCCGCCGCCGUCGCCGUGCACCGACUCGUCCUGAGGCGCGGCCCCCCCGCCCCGAGCCCGCCGCGCUGUAAAUACAAAAAGUUCCGCCGGGGACGGGGGGAGGGAGCCGAGCGUGUACAGGUAAUGUGGGGAGGAGCACUGAAGAUAUUU